AUGCGCUGCUUUAUCCGAGCUGUGGUUGCAUGGACUUGCCUGGCGCUGUGUGUCCGCGGUGCCAUGGAUGAAUGUACGGACGACCAGAACAGACCGCAGCGCUGCAUGCCCGAGUUCGUCAACGCCGCCUUCAACGUCACCGUGGUGGCCACCAACACCUGCGGCUCCCCGCCGGAGGAGUACUGCGUCCAGACCGGCGCCACCGGCGUCACCAAGUCCUGCCACAUCUGCGACGCCCGGAACGCCGGGGACCCCCGGCAGUACCACGGCGCUGUCUACCUGACCGACUACAACAACCAGCAGGCCACCACCUGGUGGCAAAGCCAGACCAUGCUAGCGGGCAUCCAGUACCCCAACUCCAUCAACCUCACCCUGCACCUCGGGAAGGCCUUCGACAUCACCUACGUGCGUCUCAAGUUCCACACCAGCCGCCCCGAGAGCUUCGCCAUCUACAAGCGGACGCGCGAGGACGGGCCGUGGCUGCCGUACCAGUACUACAGCGGCUCGUGCGAGAAGACGUACCAGAAGACGAACCGCGGCUUCAUCCGCACGGGCGAGGACGAGCAGCAGGCGCUCUGCACCGACGAGUUCAGCGACAUCUCGCCGCUCACCGGGGGCAACGUGGCCUUCUCCACGCUGGAGGGCCGGCCCAGCGGAUACAACUUCGACAACAGCCCCGUCCUGCAGGAGUGGGUGACGGCCACCGACAUCAGAGUGACCCUGAACCGGCUCAACACGUUCGGAGACGAGGUCUUCAACGACCCCAAGGUCCUCAAGUCCUACUACUACGCCAUCUCCGACUUCGCCGUGGGAGGAAGGUGUAAGUGUAACGGCCACGCCAGCGAGUGUGUGAAGAACGAGCGUGGGCGUCUGGUGUGUAACUGCAAACACAACACGGAGGGAGACGACUGCAACGUCUGCAAGCCUUUUUACAACGACCGACCCUGGAGGAGGGCGACGGCCGAGAACGCCAACGAGUGCCUGCCGUGCGACUGUAACGGGAAGAGCGCCGAGUGUUUCUUCGACCCGGAGCUGUACCGGGCCACGGGCCGCGGCGGGCACUGCAGGAGCUGCUCCGACAACACGGACGGGCCGCACUGCGAGCGCUGCCUCGACAACUACUACAGGGAGCAGAGCGGCGGCCGCUGCCUCGCCUGCGGCUGCAACCCCGUCGGCUCGGUGUCUCCUCAGUGUGACAACAGAGGAGUGUGUGCGUGUAAAACAGGAGUGACGGGGGAGAAGUGUGACCGCUGCCAGCCGGGCUUCCACAGCCUGACCGAGGCCGGCUGCAGGCCGUGUGUGUGUUCUCCCUCUGGAUCAACUCAGGAGUGUGACGUGGAGACGGGACGCUGCCAGUGUAAAGACAACGUGGAGGGCUUCAGCUGCGACAGGUGUAAGCUGGGAUAUUUCAACCUGGACCCCAACAACCCUCAGGGCUGCACCCCCUGCUUCUGCUUCCAGCACUCGUCUGUGUGCGACAGCGCCGACGGCUACAGCGUGCACACCAUCAGCUCCACUUUCGACAGAGAUGACGAGCAGUGGACCGGGCAGCAGCGGGACGGCUCCAGCGUGGCGGUCCAGUGGUCGCCCAGCGGGCAGGAGAUCUCCCUCAUCUCUGACGACUACUUCCCCAUGUACUUCAUCGCUCCAGAGAAGUUCCUGGGGAACCAGAUCCUGAGCUACAGCCAGAACCUGAGCCUGAGCUUCAGGGUGGACCGCCGCGACACCCGCCUGUCCGCCGAGGACCUGGUGCUGGAGGGCGGCGGCCUGCGCGUCGCCGUGCCGCUCAUCGCCCAGGGCAACGCCUACCCCAGCGAGACCAGGCAGACCUACGUCUUCAGGCUCCAUGACAGCACUGACUACCCCUGGCGUCCGACCAUCAGUCACUCCGAUUUCCAGAAACUUCUCCACAACCUGACGGCCAUUAAGAUCCGCGGCACCUACAGCGAGAGGAGUGCUGGAUACCUUGACGACGUCUCCUUGGUGACGGCAAGGCGGGGCCCCGGCGCUCCGGCCCGAUGGGUGGAGCAGUGCACCUGCCCGCAGGGUUACCAGGGGCAACACUGCGAGCAGUGCACUCUGGGAUACCGGCGCUCCCGUCCCGAGCUGGGAGCCUUCAGCCCCUGUGAGCCCUGCAACUGCAACGGGCACAGCGAGACCUGCCACCCCGCCACAGGAGCGUGUGACUGCCAGCACAACACGGCGGGCCUGAGCUGCGAGCGCUGUCAGGACGGUUUCUAUGGCGACUCCACUCAGGGCACGCCGGCCGACUGCCAGCCCUGCCCCUGUCCCGCCGGCGCCACCUGCGCCGUCGUCCCCAAAACCAGAGAGGUGGUCUGCACCAACUGCCCUGCCGGGACCACAGGGAAGCGCUGCGAGCUGUGUGACGACGGCUUCUUCGGCGACCCGCUGGGUCAGAGCGGGCCGGUCCGAGCCUGCAGGGCCUGCAAGUGCAGCGACAACAUCGACCCCAACGCCGUGGGGAACUGCGACCGCGAGACCGGGGAGUGCCUCAAGUGCAUCUACAACACCGACGGCUUCUUCUGCGACCGCUGCAAGGACGGUUUCUACGGCAACGCCCUCGCCAGCAACCCGGCCGAGAAGUGCAAACCGUGCUCCUGCUCUCCGUUCGGGACGGUGGGCCAGCAGACGGGCUGCUCCCAGGUGACGGGACAGUGCCAGUGCCUCCCUCACGUCACCGAGCGCGACUGCAGCGCCUGCGAGCCCGGCUUCUACAACCUGCACAGCGGCACCGGCUGCCAGAGGUGUAACUGUAAUCCCAUUGGCUCGACCAACGGGCAGUGUGACAUCAUCAGCGGGCAGUGUGAGUGCCAGCCGGGCGUCACGGGGCAGCACUGCGAGCGCUGCGAGCUCAACUUCUUCGGCUUCAGCUCGUCAGGAUGCAAACCGUGCGACUGCGACCCCGAGGGCUCCCAGUCAGCCCAGUGUAAGGAGGACGGGCGCUGCGAGUGCCGGCCGGGCUUCGUGGGCGCCCGCUGCGACAUGUGUGAGGAGAACUACUUCUACAACCGCUCGACGCCGGGCUGCCAGCAGUGCCCGUCCUGCUACAGCCUCGUCCGCGACAAGGUGAACCAGCAGCGCCAGAAGCUGCACGACCUGCAGACUCUGAUCGACAACCUGGGCUCCAGCCAGGAGACGGUCAGCGACAAGGCCUUCGAGGACCGGCUCAAGGAGGCCGAGAGAGCCAUCAUGGACCUGCUGGAGGAGGCCCAGACCAGCAAAGACGUGGACAAGGGCCUGCUGGAGCGUCUGAACGUCAUCAACAGCACUCUGACCACGCAGUGGAACCGGCUGCAGAACAUCCGCGGCACCGUGGACGAGACGGGCGCCCAGGCCGACCGCGCCCGCCACCGAGUCCGCGACGCCGAGAGCCUGAUCGAGAGGGCGAGGCAGGAGCUGGACAAGGCCAAGGACGCCAUCGGGAAAGUGGACAUCAAGGCGCCCAGCGGCUCCGGAGACCCCAACAACAUGACCCUGCUGGCCGAGGAGGCUCGCACCCUGGCCGACAAGCACAAGAUGGACGCCGACCAGAUCGAGAAGAUCGCCAAGGACGCCAACGACACGUCGACCAAGGCCUUCAACCUGCUGAUGAAGACUCUGGACGGGGAGGGCAAGACCAGCCGCGACAUCGACGAGCUCAACAGGAAGUACAACGAGGCGAAGGAUCUGGCCAAGAACCUGGAGAAACAGGCCAACAAGGUGCACGCUGAGGCCGAGGAGGCCGGCAGCAAGGCGCUCAAGAUCUUCGCCAACCUCACCAGCCUGCCGCCCUUCGACACCAAGGCCCUGGAGGAUGAAGCUGGUAAGAUCAAGAGGGAGGCGGCCGACCUGGACAAGCUCAUCGACAAGACGGAGAAGGAGUACAACGACCUGAGGGACGACCUGAAGGCCAAGGAGCAGGACGUCCGCAAGCUGCUGGACAAGGGCCGCUCCGAGCAGCAGACUGCAGACCAGCUGCUGGCCCGGGCUGAUGCAGCCAAAGCUCAGGCUGAAGAAGCUGCUAAGAGAGGAAGAGCCACUUUCAGAGAGGCAGAGGACAUCCUGACCAACCUGAGAGACUUCGACCGGCGGGUGAACGACAACAAAACGGCGGCGGAGGAAGCCCUGAAGAAGAUCCCGGCCAUCAACGCCACCAUCAACGAGGCCAACGAGAAGACGAGGCAGGCGGAGGCGGCGCUGGGCAACGCCACGGCGGACGCCCGGGAGGCCAAGGCCAAGGCGGAGGAGGCGGAGAAGAUCGCCAGCGCCGUGCAAAAGGGCUCGGCUCAGACCAAGCAGGACGCGGAGAAGGCCUUCGAGGACACCGAGAAGCUGGACGGAGACGUGAACAGCAUGAUGGACCAGCUGAGCGCCGCCGAGGAUCAGCUGGCCCGCAAGAAGGCCGAGGCCGACCAGGACAUGAUGAUGGCCGGGAUGGCGUCGGCCAACGCCAAGGAGGCGGAGGACAACGCACGCAAGGCCAAGAGCGCCGUCAAGACCGUGCUGAACACCAUCAGCACGCUGCUGGGCCAGCUGGGCAACAUCGACAAGGUGGACCUGAGCAAGCUGAACGAGAUCGACAGGUCCCUGCAGCGCGCCAAGGGCCAGAUGGCGGCCGGCGAGCUGGACAGGAAGCUGGCCGAGCUCAACGACGUGGCCAAGAGCCAGGAGGAGAUGAUCGGCGACUACGACCGGCAGAUCCGCGAGAUCCGUGCCGACAUCGCCAACCUCAACGACAUCAAGAACACGUUACCCGACGGCUGCUUCAACACGCCGUCGCUCGAGAGGCCCUAACGCCGCCGCCGCCCCCCCCCCACUCCCCCCCUCACUUCUAACACUCUGGCAGAAAAAACCAACGUGCCGCCUUUUUACCAAAACAGUUUUUUAAACCUUUUUUCUUUGGAUUCUUCUGUUUGUCUUUUUUAUCUUUUCCAGAGAGAAGCCGACGUUUCAGGCCACAUUCACGCUUUUUAACAAAACAAAGAGAAGCAGCUGCUUUUUUUUUUUGUUUGUUUUUUUUUUUUUUUUGGUUUUGUUUUUUUUUUUCUCUGUUGUGUGAGUUUUUCGACGGCGGCGGCGGCGCGGCGCUCGCGGCCUGAACUGAGCGGAGCCGCGUUCCCGCCGCCGGUGCAGAGAAGCCGUCGUGACUGCGCCUCGUCCUCCGGAGCCGCCAGGAGAGCUGCUUCCUGUCUGAUCUGCCUUCCCAUCAUGCCCCGGGACUCAGAAACCACAAAACCACGCAGUGAAGGAAUCCUCGCUCUACCAUCCCUCUCUCUCUCUCUCUCUCUCUCUCUCUCUCUCUCUCCCAACAGGAAAAGUGUUUUCCACUCCGACAGUAUUUCAGCUUCUUCUUCUUCUCUGGUCCAGUAAAGUCGCGGUGCCGUGUUGUUUGGAGCUCCCCCUGCAGGGCCUCACACAUCAUGACAUGUACUGAUUUUUUUUUUUUUUUUUUUUUUUCAUGUUUUGGUCCUGUCUCCUGAAGCUGCUGCUUGUCACAGGUGUUUGUUUGUUUGUUUGUUUGUUGUUGUUUUUCUCGCCGUCACACAUUAACAUUUUCUCCCAGGCUCGACCCGACACUAUGCAACUUUGUACAUUUUGCGUAGCGAGAAUUUUAUCUGAUACACUGGUGCUAAUAAUUAUUUCAAAUGUUAUAUUUUUGUGUGAAUGUUUUUUAUUAUGACAUAGAGUGAGGAAUUUGUUAUUUGUGUAAAUAUAUGCGUAAAUGAUUCAGGACUGGCUGAUUUCAAAAAAAAAAAAAGAAAAAAAGAGAGAAAUAAAAUGAGAUAAAGACCCGCCGCCGAGCAGCCACAUAGCUUCUAUCACGAAACAAUCAACUGAAACCUCCAGGUAAUAUAUAUAUAAAUAUCUAUGAUAACGUCUGUGGUAUAUUAUUAUAAUAUGCUUGCUUGUGUACAUGGCUCAGUGUCGCCCCCUCGUGGCGGCGCACAUGUUUUCAUUUGUGUUGUGUUGAUUCUCUGUGGGUGGUCACGACUUACUUUACUUUGUUUUUGUUUUUGUUUUUUGAGCUUUGACCCUUCCACCAAUCAGGACCUUGUUUUUAGAAGUGGGCGUCGCCCCCCGGCUAGCCCCUCCCACCGCCCGCCUCACCACCUUCAUAUCACUGAAUUUAUACGCUCGACUCCAAGGAACAUAGCCCGCUUGGUCACAAGUCGCUAGUUAACCGUUUUUGAAUUCGUGUUCUGUGCCUUUAAUUAAUCUGCAGGUUGUAAUCCCGUCACGGCGUCCCGGCCACGCCCCCCCGCGCUCUUCUUCUUGUUUUUGUUUUUUUGUUUUUCUCACGCUCGUGGUAACCCUCGAGGCUCCACGUUGGUCCCGGCAGACGCACAGCUGAUCCCAGUACGGAAGCCCGACGGGACAAAAAGCAACAGGAAACACUGACGAGCCGCUUCUCUCCUCCAUUUGUCCACGACCUCACCAGCCAAUCAGGUUCUGUGUUUGCGUUUCUUCACGCAGCGAAUCAGGAUGCAGAGGCUGAACAAACCUUCGCUGUGAGGAAGCUGAUUGGCUGGAGAGUUAAAGGACGUGAUGAUGCGAAACAUCAGAGAGCGUUUAGUUCACAACCAAAAAUACAGUCAUGACAUAAUCCAUCUGCAGAGGACACUAAACCAAAAAUACACACACACACACACACACACACACACACACACACACACACACACACACACACAGUGAACUGUUAUUUAUACACAUUUAUAAUCAUAAAUUUAUAGUUUACCACGUCUCUCCACAGGCUCUGGUUUUCUUCACUUUGGACAGAUUUUCUGCUAAUAUCUGAUUUUUUUUUUUUUUUUUUUUUUUUAAAUUCAUGUUCCAGUACCUUUAUACAAUUAAUUUGAUAAUCAGUUUUUUCCUCAAGUAUCCUAAAGAAAUCCAGUGGAUGAGCUCAGGGUUAAAGCGGUCGAUUUCACAGGAAAUUAUCACGAUAUUAAAAAACAAAAAAAAGUGAUUUUCUGAGCGUCAGUAAGCGGUGAGGUUUGGUUUUGUCCCGUCGGAGCAGCAGGUGAUCAGCGCCGUUUUGCUCUGCCUCUCUGUGCCGGGCUGUGCAGCACACACACACACACACACAUUCACACACACUUGUUAUGUAUAAAACAGUAUUUGUAAGUUAUGAUGUCCCAGCGGUCGGUCGGACUGUGUGCUGCUCAGCCUCCCUGUGAGGACCUGAAAGAGACCCGCUUGUCCCCAUGUGCCUGUAAAUCCAAUCGUAACAUUUGAAUAAUAAAAACAAAAAUAUUA